AUGGCGCGCUCUGCCAGCGGCGGCUAUCCCCAGCCGCUUUCUUCCCCUCCGCCCGUUUAUCUUCGUUCUUCUCCUCCCAUCCCCCCGGUGCAUCGUGAACCCCGGCGGGACAGCUUCAAUCGCUUAUACAGCAAGCCUAUUCCCAGGAAGUCUCUAACGGAUCCGGUGUACAUGCCGGAAGAUCGCCCCGAAAGCCAACGCUAUUCGGUUCCACGGGUCAGAAUCCAUGGGGAAAGCGAUCCGACGGAGCCGGAUUAUCAUGAGGACGGUAUUGAACUGACGCUUCCUACUGAUGACUUCGCCCACAUAUCUCUCUCCGAGCAGCAGCAGACUCAUGGAAAGACCAUCGAUGGAUCAUCUCCACCCCAGGUAGAUGACUUCAAAGCCCCCCAGGUACCAGAGCAUCGGACAUACGGGCACACACCCCAUAGCAGUGCGUCUUGGUCGGUAGUCGAUCCUCACACCAAAGACAACAGUCUGCCCAACACGAGCACAUCUUCGUUGGACCAACAACCCGCGAAAGACAGUCAGACUAGCUCUUCCCGGGACAGUCUCGACAGUACGACGCAAGCCUCGGAAUGCUACGAACCUUUGCACUACCAUCAUCGACCGUACGAAGCUCCCCAGCCCGCAAACCAGCAAUCACCAGCAGAUGGCUCAUCUGAGAAUUUACAGAAGCCACGCCCAGCCGUCAAUGGGCGUUCUCUUUCAACACACUCGCUCGGCUCCGACCUGGGUGAAAGACGGAGAUCUUCUCGGCUCUCGCCGUACCUCCACGCCCGUGGAUCAUCCCGGGACUCCAGUGCAUCUCCCGAUGUCCGACCAGUAUCUUUCGUUGAACAGCUCAACAGCUGCUAUCCGCAACCCGGACCUGCCCCAGUACAGAUUGGCAACUCCCAUCUGCAAUCCGCUGUCGGCAACAACGCAUCCUUGUUGAGCCACAAACAAACGUUCGACAUGUAUCUGGCAAAUGUCAAGAAGACCGACGACCCCGCCAUUCAAUAUGAGUUUGCCAUCUUCAUGGUGAACGCAAUGUUGGAAAUGCCACCCGAUGAGGUUGACGGUACAUCUGCAGUGUAUGGCCAAAAAGGAAGCGACAUCAACCGUGCUAGCCUUCUGCGCGAGUCCAAGUCCAUCCUCCAGCGCCUAGCUGAUCGCAGCUAUCCCUUUGCUCAAUACUAUCUGGCCGACGGAUACGCUUCAGGGUUGUUCAGCAAAGGGAAAGAGGACUAUGAUCGGGCGUUUCCACUGUUCCUGGCGGCCAGUAAACACGGACAUGUCGAAGCAUGCUACCGUACUGCUUUGAGUUAUGAGUUCGGCUGGGGUACCCGAGUUGACGCCGCUCGGGCACAGCAGUUCUACCGACAGGCAGCAUCCAAAAACCACCCGGGCGCUAUGCUACGUAUGGCGAAGGCUUGUUUGGAAGGGGAUAUGGGGCUAGGAAAACGCUAUCGUGAAGGUAUCAAGUGGAUGAAACGCGCUACCGAUUCAUCCGACGUUCAGUAUAACUCCGCUCCUUAUGAGUUGGGAUUAAUGCACGAAACGGGAUAUGGCGACGACGUAUUUCCAGACCCUGCUUAUGCUGCCCAGCUGUUCACCAAGGCGGCGGACCUAGGUCAUAUCGAGGCCAGCUAUCGCUUGGGUGAUGCCUAUGAGCAUGGCAAACUUGAAUGCCCCAGGGAUCCUGCCUUAUCAAUCCAUUUCUAUACCAACGCUGCGCAGGGUGGCCAUCCUCUGGCCAUGAUGGCACUGUGUGCCUGGUACCUCGUUGGGGCAGAGCCUGUGCUGGAAAAGGAUGAGUAUGAAGCCUACGAAUGGGCUAAGCGUGCUGCGGAGACUGGACUCACCAAGGCACAAUAUGCGGUUGGAUACUUCACGGAAACGGGCAUUGGCUGCCGGCCAGACCACCUGGCAGCGAAUGUCUGGUACGUGCAAGCAGCGGAGCAAGGAGAUCUCCGAGCUAAACGCCGAAUUGCCGCCAUUCGAGCGGCUGUCGACGGGGUCAAUCCAGAGAAGGCUAGCGCAGCAGCUGCGGGCACUGGCAGUGGGCAGAAGGAAAAGAAAGAAGGGAAAUCGAAACGAUUCGGUAUAUUCUAA